AUGCGUCAAGACAAGGAAUCCCCAUUCCAGGAUCAAUACGAAGAUUCUGACAGCAGUGAGCCCGAACAGAUGAUGCGCCCUAUUCCUGUUCGUCAGGCUAGCGUCGGUCGCAAGUCGACACCAGUCUUGACCACGAUCAAGAAUGGCGAUCUACGACCAGAUAACAUGAGCUAUCCGAUGGUUGACAUGUCUCCUGAUGAACGGUCCGAAGAGUCUUUUGCUCAAUUGUCUACACGAACUAGUAGCUCCGAUAUCCUCGGCAGAGACGCAAUGGCACAUGGAAAGUCGAUUGGAGACAAAUCUUCAUUUUCCGCUUUCCAAGUGCUCAAUGUGGAUGCCGUCCGAGAAGCAGAAGCCCGUGGCAGUCUAACCAGUCUUUCAGACCUUAUCCGUAGAGCUACCAAAGUUGCGUCCAACCUCGAUCGCGGCCGGACUGCGAGCAGACUUGGUCUCAACUUCUUUGAUGACGAUGCGCGACAAGCACAUGCUUCGGACAGCAGGAGAUCUGGCUCACUUUCAGAUAUCCUCGCUUCAUUUCCCCCGCCGGGACUUGCGACUCCCACUGGAUCUAGAGGUUCCAGGGGAGGAUCCAGGAAUUCCAGAGCAAUGCCAUGGUCUUCAAACUUACAACACAGCUCUCUUCCUUCAGCAAGUGAUCUUGGCGAAGAGCCUGAGCGAAAGAGGAGAUGCUGUGGUAUGCCUUCGUGGCUCUUCUUUACACUGCUUUUGCUCAUGGUCAUCCUCAUUGCUGCUGCUAUCAUAAUCCCCAUAGUUCUCGUUGUCAUCCCUCAACAAAACAAUGCUUCCGGCAGUGCCUCGGCCUCUGCGCUUGCCACAUGCCAAAAGUCCCUAGACUGCAAGAAUGGUGGCAUCAACAUCUUGGGUAGCGACGGCAGCUGUAGUUGUUUGUGCGUCAAUGGGUUUGCAGGUUCUGAAUGCACCCAACCAUCGAGUGCUUCCUGCACUACCACCACUAUUGGCAGCUACAUGACAAAUGUAACGCUUGGAAAUUCUAUUCCACGUCUCUUCACUGGUUCAGCAGCCAACUUCAGCAUUCCACUCAACGCUACCAACAUCUUGGGACUAUUUGCUUCAUCCAAGCUUACCUGCACCUCGGAGAAUGCAUUGGUCACAUUCAACGGCCUUUCUGCUCGCUCCAUUUCGGAGGACAUCUCUGAAACUAAAGCUACUCCAACCAAAGUGCUGAUGGGACGUGGAGAUGCUACAUCUGUUGCUGGAGCUGCUGUCACUAGCAAUGGUAUUGUCUUUGCAAGCGGAUCACCAAGCGAUUCAUCAUCCUCAUCGACAUCCUCGAGCUUCGAUGCUACUACAUCAUCAUUGACGUCCUCUUCAUCUGCAUUGUCCGAUUCGACAACACUCGACUUUGCUAGAAUUGCCGUACUCUUUGUCUUUCAGCAGUCGGGCCAAUUGAACAAUGCGAUCGCUGCACAGGAGAAUCUUCAAAACUACUUCACCUCUGGAACAACAAGUACCGGACAACAGAUUGAUUCUUCAAACAUCGAUCUUGGUGCUGACAUGAGUGCAAACCUCCAAACCCACUCUGUCACGUUAGCUAACGGCACGGUGACCGGUGGCUAA